GGACCUGGAGGUGGCGCUGUGCAGGAAACACAUCCACCGUGAGCCGAAGAAGAAGAAGCCAGCUGUGUGUGUGUGUGUGUGUGGAGAGUCUGAGUCUGCUGCACAAACAGAGAGCUGCAAACACAGAGUCUGCACAAACACAGAGAGACAAAGACAGAAAGACAGAUAACCGCACCGAGGAAGGACACAGCGCCCACAGAGCCUCUUCAUGUCGCUGUGAUUAUGAUGUUGGGGAGGGGCAGGCUCGUGCCCUGUGUGUGUUUGGGAGUUCUUGGCCUCCUGUGCUGGGUCUGGGUGUCCUUUGCGUCUUUAGCGGAUGAGCAGCUGCCCUUAGGGGCCUGGGAGGCGGUGGACCAUACGGCCUUUGAGCCCCAGAGCGCUCUAUCAGAGAUGGAGUUUGCGUCCAUCAGUUCAUAUCGAGGUCCGGGCAACAAUGACCACCGCAGCAACAAGGAGCUGCCCAUUCUGCUUUGGUGGAGCGGAGGAUUGUUCCCACAUUUCCCCGGAGACACUGAACGCAUCGACUGUGCCAAGUCCUCUUGUCUGGUGACAAGCAACCGCAAGGUCCAGCUGUACAAAAGGACUGCAUCCAUUAUCUUCUACGGCACAGACUUCCGAGCGUAUGAAGCACCACUCCCUCGACUCCAGCACCAGACCUGGGCUCUGUUCCACGAAGAGUCGCCCAUGAAUAAUUACUUCCUGUCACAUGGGCCAGGAAUCCGGCUGUUUAAUUAUACUGCUACUUUUCGGAGGGAGUCCGAUUAUCCCCUGACCCUGCAGUGGCUGCCCUCUCUGGACUACCUGCUCAGGCCCACAGCUGUGCCUCUGGAACAGAAGAACCGUUUGAGGAGAGAGGGUCUGGCCCCUGUGCUGUACAUGCAGUCUCACUGUGAUGUGCCGUCCAACAGAGACCGAUAUGUCCAAGAGCUCAUGAAGUACAUUGAGGUGGAUUCUUAUGGAAAAUGCUUAAACAACAAACAGAUGCCUGAUCAUCUCGAGGACACGUCCACUGCCACUGGAGAGGAUCCACAUUUCAUGAGCUUUGUAGCACGGUACAAGUUUCAUUUGGCUCUGGAGAAUGGCGUAUGUCCAGACUACAUGACUGAAAAGCUGUGGCGGCCUCUUCAUCAAGGCUGCGUGCCCGUGUACCGCGGCUCGGCUGUGGUGGCAGACUGGAUGCCCAACGAGCACUCAGUGAUAAUUGUUGAUGACUUCCCUUCACCAAAAGCUCUGGCAGAUUUUAUCAAACAUCUGGAUGAGAAUGAUGAAGAAUAUGAGAAAUAUUUACAGUUUAAGAACCUAAAGAGUAUCACCAAUGCUAAACUACUGGAGUCAUUAUCGACCCGAGAAUGGGGCGUGAACGACAUGAGUAAACCAAACUAUCUAAACGGAUUUGAAUGUUACGUUUGUGAUCAGGAGAAUGCGAGACUCACAGCAGAAAAAGCAUUCAAAAAAGGCCAGAGUGGUGAACCAGCUCCACCGAAAAUGGCAAAUAACUCCCACAUGGGGUGCCCCCUCCCUCAGCCGGGCUUUGGGGAAGUCCAGGACCUGCCUGAAGACGACGGAUGGUUGCAAAUAUGGCCUCAGGAUUACUGGCAGAGCCUGGACCAAGCCGAGGGGCUGGAGUCUCUGAUAAGACAUAAUGAGUCGGACCCUUCUCUGCUGUGGAAGCACAUCCAAAACAUCGCUAUGAGCAGAGCCAGGGGACAGCGGUGAAUGUGGCAGCUGCCCUGAGGAGACGCUGUCAUGUUCUGUCCAUUAUUCCUGUUUCAGUGACUGAAAUGUGCCGUAACCAGAUAAAACACUUUAUUAAGUGUGUUUUAUACUUUUUAUAGCAAGUACAAUCAACUCUUCUAAGCAUGCUUUUGUUAAGUUAUUGUAAAUGUAUUCUAGUUUGUAUGUAAAUUCAAAGUCACAUGGAUAUUUCAGUUUGUUCUUUUGGUGCUGCCCAGUUUUUCCUGUUCUGUGCCUCGGGAAGCUCGCCCCGGAACCUCGGGAAGCUCGCCCCGGAACCUCGGGAAGCUCGCCCUGGAAGCUCUGAAGGAUUUUUCACCAACACAGACAAUACUCGAUAUGAAGCUGUAACAGACUGCACUGUGUUUGAUGUGCAUUUGACUUUGAGGAAAACUGGGCCCAAAUAAAGUGUUUUUUUUUUUACAAUACUGUUAUUUAUGGACAGGACCCAAAUCAGCUGUUCUAAAAGAUUUUAAAAGGCAUCGUUAUGUCUCCAGCUCUUUCACUGCAGUGACAGACGAGUUCGUUCUCACGGGAGCCACAUAUUUUAGAAAUGGCUCCUGAUUCGUCCUCAGAACCAGGAGCUGAGGAGUGUUGUUUCUUUACACUCUGCAGGUGGUGAAUACCCAAGAGCCAAACACACACUCCAAAUGUGAAAAGUGAUUUCAGAAAAGUAAAAUAUUCAACAAAGGAGCAAAUGUGAUUUUCCACUUGAGUUCAUUACUUGUUAAAGCCCUGUAAGGUGCAUUUUGAACACGUUUCCAGUGUGUGUGCCCAUGGCUCUGUGUUUAAACCUGCUGUGACAGACGCUGGUAGGGCAGCUGUAUUUGAUGACAUCCCCAUUUUGCUUAUUACCCAUGUAAUCUGUAUUUUUUUAUAUUUGGCAGCCUGCGCUGAUGGCACACGCUGUUGUCGUAAGACACUCUGCCAACUCAGAGCUCAGAUCAGUGGCAAAAUGUCGUAACAUCAUUAACCUGUCCCAGUGUGAGGAAAUGAAGGCAAUAUCAACAUAAGUUUAUAUAUUUAUAUAUUUUCACCAUUUUACUUUUUUUUUUUACAAUUUUGUAUUUGAAAGAAUAAGAUUUUUUAACAAAGCAGUGAACAAUAAACACUAUUUUAUGAACAAAAAAAAACAUUCAAAUAGUAACUAGUUUUGCUGUAAUAAACCCCAUAAA